AUGUUCACUUCCAGGUCCUUCGCUGGCAUUGCCCAGGGAGCACUCAAACGUUCUCAAGGUCUCAGGCGCUACGCCACUGUCUCGCCGACAGCUGGUUUUGCCGGCCAAAAGGGCAGUAAUGGAAAAUAUACCGUUACGCUCAUUCCUGGCGAUGGUAUCGGGCCCGAAAUUAGCCAGUCGAUCAAGGACAUCUAUGUUGCCGCCAACGUUCCCAUCCAAUGGGAGGAAGUCGACGUUACGCCGAUUCUGAAGAACGGAAAGACGGUCAUCCCAGACUUGGCUAUUACCUCUGUCAAAAAGAAUACUGUUGCACUGAAAGGACCUUUGGCGACCCCCAUUGGCAGGGGCCACGUAUCGCUGAACUUGACAUUGCGUAGGACAUUCAACCUUUUUGCCAACGUCCGACCCUGUGUAUCUAUCCAAGGUUUCAAGACUCCAUACGACGACGUGAAUACUGUUCUUAUUCGGGAGAAUACUGAGGGAGAGUACUCAGGUAUAGAACAUGAGGUUAUCGAUGGCGUUGUUCAAUCCAUCAAACUCAUCACCUGGGAGGCUUCCGAGCGUGUUGCUCGUUAUGCCUUCCAUUAUGCGCAAUCUAGCGGACGCAAACGCGUAACUGCUGUUCACAAAGCGAACAUCAUGAAAAUGUCUGACGGCAUGUUUUUGUCUGCUUGCCGAGAGGUCUCUAAGGGCUUCCCAGACAUUGCUUAUGACGAAGAUCUGCUGGAUCGCGUUUGCCUUCAGGUUGUGCAAAAUCCAAGACCUUACUCCGACCGUGUCAUGGUCAUGCCUAAUCUCUACGGCGAUAUCCUUUCGGACAUGUGUGCCGGCCUUAUUGGCGGCUUGGGAUUGACACCAUCGGGUAAUAUUGGUCGUGACGCGUCUAUAUUUGAGGCAGUUCAUGGUUCUGCUCCCGACAUCGCUGGGAAGGGACUCGCUAAUCCAACAGCCCUUCUGUUGUCAUCCCUGAUGAUGCUAAGGCAUAUGAAUCUCUAUGAGCACGCCGGUAAAAUCGAAAAGGCCGCUCUGACGACUAUUGCGGAAGGUAAGACGAUCACUGGUGACUUGGGUGGCAAAGCUUCCACAAAGGAGUAUACUGCGGCCAUCAUCCAGAAGCUUCAGCAAUAGAGCAGAAGUGCAUGUACAUACAUCUGGAUACUGGACUAGAGUACAUUAAUCGAAAC